CGCCGCAGAUGUGCACCCAGGCGAUGUGGUCCAAGGACAGCUACUUGAAGCAGCUGCCGCACUUUACCCCGGAGAUCAUCAAACGCUGCGAGGAGAAGGAGGUGACGACUGUGUUCGACAUCAUGGAGCUGGAAGAUGAGGACCGAAACAAACUACUGCAGCUGGAUGAUAAACAAAUGGCUGACGUGGCGCGCUUCUGCAACCGGUACCCCAACAUCGAGCUGACCUACGAGGUAACGGACAAGGACCGGGUGCGCUCCGGUCACCCGGUGCACCUGGUGGUCAGCCUGGAGCGAGAGGACGACGUCGUCGGACCCGUCAUCGCGCCCUUCUUCCCUCAGCGGCGGGACGAGGGCUGGUGGCUGGUGGUCGGCGACCCCAAGACCAACUCACUCAUCUCCAUCAAGCGGCUGACGCUGCAGCAGAAGGCCAAGGUGAAGCUGGACUUCGUGGCGCCGUCGCCCGGGAAGCACACUUACGUGCUGUACUUCAUGUCGGACUCGUAUAUGGGCUGCGACCAGGAGUACAAGUUCUCUCUGCAGGUUGGCGAGGCGGACAGUGACAGUGAGAGCGGCAGUGACAGCGACUGAGCGAGCGAUCCCGCCGGCGUACGAUGUGCGUGUGCGUGCGUGUGCGUGUGUUCGCUAGAUGGGACACGGGAGUGGUGCGUGAUGCGAUACGAGCGUCUGUUUCAUAGUGUGGAUGUUUUCGGUUGGUUGUAUGGAGCAGACUGUGUUUUAGGUGGCCAACUUGGCUGAUGUUUUGGAACGUGCUUUCGUAUCGCAUCAGACCGGCAGGACAGUCGGCACCGCCAGAUAUGCGCGGGGCGUCAUCAGGACUGCCGUCAUCACCUGUUACGUACCGUGUGUCGAGUGUCACAGAGAGCAUCCCUCGCUCAGUAACCGCCGGGCCGGCUGGACUCGCACCUCACCCAGUGAAUGUCGCACUGGGUGGAACUCGCUGCUGUGUGCGCCAGAGGGCCAUAUACGCGUGUUCUGCGUACCGACGAGCCGCAGCUGUCGUCUCCGGUGAUGUGUCGGUGCUCACGGCUCGGGUCGCGCCCCAGCGGCCGGCCAGCAGCGCCCGGCGAGCCCAUCGGCCCGAGACCUCGUACAAUAAAUCGCCAGCUCGCCA